UUAGCAAUCAUGUAAAUAAAUUAGGGAAUCAGCCAAACCGGUUGAUUUAUUUUCCAAUCCUCAAUAUCCCCUCCGACAAUCUCGUCCGCCAUUAGAGCCACCUUAAUCAAACGCAAUCACACACCAGAAAAUCCCUUUCUUUCAAUUUAGGGUUUCUCAAAUUCGCUCUUCAGGUACAAUCGAUUUUUCCUAAACUCUUUCGAAUUAAUUUCUUUAUCUUCCCUAGGGUUUAUUCAAUUGGGUAUAAAAUUCAAUGGGGAAGAACGAAUUUCUAACCCCAAAAGCAAUCGCAAAUCGAAUCAAAGCAAAAGGUCUCCAGAAACUUCGAUGGUACUGUCAAAUGUGUCAAAAACAAUGCCGAGACGAAAACGGGUUCAAGUGUCAUUGUAUGAGCGAGUCUCAUCAGAGACAAAUGCAGAUUUUUGGGCAAAACCCAGAUCGAAUCGUAGAUGGGUAUUCAGAGGAAUUCGAAAGUACGUUUCUUGAUCAUAUGAAAAGGAGUCAUAGGUUUAGUAGAAUUGCUGCAACUGUUGCAUACAAUGAGUAUAUAGCUGAUAGACAUCAUGUUCAUAUGAAUUCUACUAAGUGGUUGAGUUUGACUGAGUUUGUUAAGCAUUUGGGGAGAACUGGGAAGUGUAAAGUUGAUGAGACCCCUAAAGGUUGGUUCAUUACUUAUAUUGAUAGAGAUUCCGAGACCCUUUUUAAGGAUAGGAUGAAGAAUAAGCGGAUUAAGGCGGAUUUGGCGGAGGAUGAGAAGAAGGAGAGGGAGAUUAUGAAGCAGAUUGAGCGGGCUGAGCAGUUGAUGCCUAUCGCGGAAGGUGAGGGUGAGGGUGAAGGUGAGGAGAGGGUGGACGAGAAGGAAUUCCCAGGUGGGAAAGUGGCAUUUGCGCUUGGAGCCGGGUUGUCGAAACCUGUUGGGGUAGGAGGGUCAGGGGAGGGGCCGAGGGUUGUGUUUGAGGAUGUCGCGGAGGGGGAGAAAGCGAAGAAGAGGACUAAAUAUGGUGAUGGUAAUGCAGCUGUAAAGUCAGCUUUGGAGGAUAUGAUCAAGGAGGAUGAGAAGGUUAAGGAGCGUCAUAAUCGGAAGGAUUAUUGGUUGUGUGAGGGGAUUGUUGUUAAGGUUAUGAGCAAGAAAUUGGCUGAAAAAGGGUAUUAUAAGAAGAAGGGGGUUGUCAAGAAGGUUAUUGAGAAGUAUGUUGGUGAAAUUGAGAUGAUUGACACCAAACAUGUGCUUAGAGUGGAUCAAGCUGAGCUUGAGACCGUUAUUCCUCAGAUUGGUGGUUUGGUGAAGAUAGUUAACGGGGCUUAUCGAGGAAUGAAUGCUCGGUUGCUCUCUAUUAAUACUGACAAAUAUUGUGCCAAGGUCCAGAUAGAGAAGGGUCUAUAUGAUGGAAGAGUUCUUCAAGCUGUGGAUUAUGAAGACAUCUGCAAACUUGCUUAGUGAAGAGGACAGAUUGUGCCAGCCAUCUCAUCUUUGUAAUGUAUUGCUGAAUUUGCUGGUUGAUUUUAUCUUACUCCUGAUGUUAUCACAAUGCAAUUGUAUUUUUCUUUGCAGCACAUAUGAAACAAUCCUUUUUGCUAUUUAUAUUCUCAGUAAUUGUUCUUCAAUGGUGAAAUUUGGUUAUAGAUGGUUUUUUGGUAUAUGUAUCUUUUGUCAGAACUUAUAGUGUGUGUCAUUUGCUCUUGGAUUUUACUGUAAUCUGUCAUGAGUGUGUUUCUGGUGUAGUAUGUCUAAGCUGAGAUUCCCAUUUUUAGUUUCACAGGUUACUAUUUGUAUGCUUUGUCUCAAGGAAUUUCUCUCUUGUGAUAGUAGAUACUCUGCAUUUAGUUUUCUUCUUAUACUUCUAUGAGUUCUAUCAGCGGUUAUGAUCA